CCCUUUUGACACCGACUCUUCUUCAAUCAUGGUAACCAAUUUGAAUGUUUCCAUUUCCAUGAUUCCUCUGUUUAUAAAUAUCGAAUCUUCAUCUGCGUACUGAUUUGCUCUUCCCAUCGUUUUCAUUUUGCCGCAAUCUAACAGAGUAAUCCCACACAAACUCUUCCUCUUCCUUAAUUGUUUCAUGUGUUUCUUAAAGGCGGGGAAUCCUGUGCAGACCUCCCACAACGUUGUUGAUGAACACACAAACGUUAGAAUAACAAACCCUACUGUUUCUUCGUCUCUUCCAAUCGUCUUCCCCGGUAUGGAUAGGGACAGAGAGAUGUCUGCUAUGGUCUCUGCUUUGACCCACGUUGUCACGGGAGAUAUUCCUGGUGAUUCCAGAGAAAUUUCUGGCGGUGGCGGUGGCGGUGGCGGUGGAGGUGGAGGCGAAGGUGGCUCUGUUACAUUAAACUCGCCGUCGGAUUCAACAACGCCGUCUUCGUGUUCUUCGUCUUACGGUGGUAGCUCUGUUUUGAAGAGAAGUAGAGAAGAUAUCAUUAGAGGCUCUUCCCCUUCUAUUAUUCAAACAGUUGCAGGAGAAGGUUCAAGAGGAGAGAGAGUUCAAAUGGGAAAUGCAGUGUAUGAAUAUAGCUGUAAUACAGAGAAUGUGAGAGGUUCAGAAGAAGGAAGAAGGAAGUACCGAGGAGUGAGACAGAGGCCAUGGGGCAAGUGGGCAGCUGAAAUCAGAGAUCCUUUUAAAGCCGCCAGAGUUUGGCUGGGCACUUUCGAGACGGCGGAGGCGGCGGCCCGUGCUUACGACGAAGCUGCCCUGCGUUUCAGAGGAAACAAGGCCAAGCUCAAUUUCCCAGAAAACGUCAGGCUCCGGCAACCUACGACCACGACGGCGGCGACCCAUUUGAGUGGUUCGGGUUCUGCAAGUACCCUUUUGUCCAUUCCGUUGUCCACCGAGCCGAUUGUUCAUGCCGAAGCUCUUCACCACCAUUCUCUCCUGAGUUCUCAGCCGGCGUUUUCUGGUGAUUUUUAUACGCCGUCGCAGUUUUCGGAGUUUCCCAUGAACUUUUAUGAUCCGAUGAUUAUGUCAUCUUCAAUGCCUCAUCAUUUUGAGUCGUCGACGUUGCCGUCAGCUUUGUCAUCGUCGUCAUCGGCUUCGUCUUCUACGUUGGCAUCUUCUAUUAGCUCCCAGCAAGGAGGUUUGCCGUUUCCGGGUUGGGUCAUGCCGGAAACGGGUCCGGAAAGCGCUUCCGAACAGGGACCAUCAGCAUGGUCAACUUCGGGUCAUAGUGCUUCUUCCUCUGUAUGAUCCAAUAAUUAUUAUGACUAAUCAUUUAAUCUCUUUUUCUUUUACGUAAUCAUAAGGAUCAAUUCAUUUUACCUAGUGUUGUUUCAUUGAGCAUGCGAGGGGGAGGCGGCUAGUGGGAUCUUAUAGAAGGGAUGAAUUUUAAUAUUAAUAAUCCCUUUGAAUUCUGCCAUUUUUAGAAGGGAGAGAUGUGAACUAAACGAAGGACUGAUCAAUUUUGUAGCCC